ACUUUGUAGUACGAGUAGUUUUGGUGGAAUUAUCUUUUCUUUGAGCUUGUGGUUGAAACAGGUCACGGGAUAGCUCCAAAAUACAACUACUAACUGAUUUUGAAAUGCAAUAUUCUGUGCAGCUCUAAACAUGACGGGGCUUUCAACGAGGACGCUUGUUUGUGGGUUUAACGGUUCGCUCCGAUUUAUAAAAGAAGAGGAUUCUACUGGCAAGAAUGCAUUCUCUUCGAGUUGGAUAACACCAUUCUGGAAUGAUCUCGUGAACGACUGGAGCCCAGAAAUGCUAUCAGUAUCAUCCUCUUGGGAGCAGCUGUUUCUUCAUUAUGUGGGUUCCAGCGAAACCUUCUCGUUUGGCAGCUCGAAGAUGAUUUGCACAGGAACUGUAGCCGUCGCUGGCACAUUGCUUUAUUGUGCCAGCGACGAUGGGAGUGUUGCUGUUCACCGACCUGAAGAUGCAGCUGUGAUAACGAAGUUCACAAGUGAUGGACACUGGAGACGACUAAAGAUGAUUUGUGCACCGAUCGCAUGGGAAACUGGCCUCGCGUCGAAGGGAUACCGCUUGUUUGGAUUGGACUUCGAUGGUAGGCUGUUCGACAUCGGGCUCGCAAAUGGACAGAUGGUGUCCAAACGUAUUUUAAUGGAAGAAAUUGUGACAGAAAUAUCGGCCGGGCGAGAGCAUGCGCUUUUUUUGUCGUCAUCUGGUGCAGUUUACAGUUAUGGAAUGAGCAGCCGUGGUCAGUUAGGUCAUGGGCACCUCAAUAACGAGCGCACUGCAACUAGGAUCGAAGAUGAUUUUGGAGGCGUCAAGGUUAUCCAAAUUUCUGCCGGUGGCUGGAUGUCGAUGGCUUUGAAUGACAAUGGUGAAGUUUUUGUCUGGGGUUGGAACAGUGCAGGAGCAUUGGGCCUUCCGUCAAGAGGCGUACGGGAACGGACCGGUAAUCCCAUAGACAACAAUGAAGAAUAUGUUGAAGUUAUUGCGGAGCCAAAACGUCUCGAUCUUUAUGAAAAAAUCGUGUGGAUCAGCUGUGGGAUGAGGCACUGCGGUGUUAUAACCAGGACAGGGAGUGUUCUCGUUUGGGGGCUGAAUCAGCAUGGUCAGUUGGGAUUGGGGGAUACGGUCGAUCGUGAUGUUCCUUGCCGAGUUUCCUCACCUUUUCCCGAUGCGAAGAUAUGCCGGUUAUUUUGUGGCGAGUGGAAUACCGUUCUUUUACUACAGGAAACUCAACGAACCAGAACCUAGCCAAAAAAAAGUUUACGGAGUUACGUUUUUUACUGACGCUGGUGUAAUUGUAAGUGAUAGCUUUUGAAGCAUGUUACUCCGCAUUUUUGUUUAUUGCUGUUUCACGAGCGAUCUUGGUUUAUUGGUUUACGGGUUUUGCGUAACUUUAGAGACUUACUGUGUUUGACUCGGUAAUCAUGGCGAUUAAAUCACGAAAGACGAA